AAGAUGGCGGCAGCUGCGGUUUGAAUUCAAGUGGCGCCGCUUGACUCAGAACCAGAGCUGGGUUGGAGGGGGCGGGGACCUGGGGAGCUGGGCGCGUCACGACAGCCAGGGGAACUGGUGGCGUCGCCAGCCACCGACACCGGUGCCACCGUCACUUCUGUGUUCACGGUGGACUCGGGGAUGGAAGAGAACGUCACCCUGCCCGGGACCCUCAGCGGCUGCAGUGGCCUUCUCCCUGUUCAGCCAGGUGACCUGGAUGGUAUCAGUGCUGCUGGCUCGGGAAAUGGAGUGCUCCCAUGUGUGUCCGAAGAAAAGGUUUCUCCCACCAGAGCCCGGAACAUGAAGGACUUUGAAAAUCAAAUCACUGAACUGAAGAAAGAAAACUUUAACCUGAAGCUCCGCAUCUAUUUCCUUGAGGAGAGAAUGCAGCAGGAGUUCGAUGGCCCCACUGAGCACAUCUACAAAACUAACAUUGAGCUCAAGGUGGAAGUGGAGAGUCUGAAGCGGGAGCUCCAUGAGAGAGAGCAGCUGCUUGUCAAAGCCUCCAAAGCAGUGGCGAGCUUAGCAGAAGGGGGUGGCUCUGAACUUCAGCGCGUGAAAGAUGAUGCUCAGAGAAAGGUGCAGCAGGUGGAAGACCUCCUGAUGAAGAGGAUACGUCUUCUGGAAGGGGAUGUGAAAGCCGCCCAAGCAGAACUGGAAAAGGCCUUUGCAGGGACAGAAACCGAGAAGGCUCUUCGGCUGAGCUUGGAAAGCAAGCUCUCAGCGAUGAGGAAGAUGCACCAGGGGGACCUGGGAAUGGCUGUGGCCCUGGAAGAGAAGGACAGACUGAUUGAGGAGUUGAAGCUGUCUUUGAAGAGCAAAGAAGCUUUAAUUCAGUGCCUUGAAGAGGAGAAAUCUCAGAUGGCAUCUGAUGAUAACGUGUCAUCUGGAGAACUCCGAGGACUCUCUGCCACUCAGAGAGAAGAAAAGGAGAGAGACAUUGAGGCUGAGGAAAGGGGGUGUCAGAAGGAGAGAACUCACUUUGAAGAGAGGAUCCAGGCACUUCAGGAGGACCUGAGAGAGAAGGAAAGAGAAAUUGCUACAGAGAAGAAAAAUAGCUUAAAGAGGGAUAAAGCCAUUCAGGGCCUAACCAUGGCAUUAAAAUCAAAGGAAAAAGAGGUUGAAGAACUUAACUCUGAAAUUAAAGACCUUAAUGCUGCCUUUGCCAAAGCCAGAGUGGGCCCCCAGAAAACGCAGGCUCUGAAAUUCCAGGGGUCUGAGGACCAGGAGGCUGCCCUGAUGGAAAAGGAAGCCCUUUUGGUUGAGCUACACUCGGAAAACCUCACUAAGAGCACCGAGAACCAAAGGCUGCUCCGGAGCAUCAAGAAGGUCACCCAGGAGAAGAAUGACCUGCAACAGGAGAAGCUGAGAUUGGAGAGGGACCUGGAGGAAGCCCGCCAAGAGGGCAGCAGAGGGGCCCGCACCAUCCAUGACCUUAGAAAUGAGGUUGAAAAAUUACGCAAUGAAGUGAACGACAGAGAGAAAGAAGUGGAGAAGCAUUACAAGGGUCUCCUGAGCCAGAGCAGCAAGAAGCUUCAUACUCAAGAGCAGGUGAUCAGCUGUCUGAGGGAAAGUGCUGGCCAGAAGGACCUGCUGGUUCAGAAAUUCAGUGAAAAAGAUUUGGAAGCAACACAGCAGAACCGUUAUUUAAUGACUGCAGAGGAUCUCAAGUUUGGGAGCGAAGGCUUAAUAACAGAAAAGUGCUCUUCUCAACAGUCACCAGGCAGCAAAUUCAUCUUCUCUGAGGAAAAGCAACAAUCAGACUGUGAGGUACUGACUCAGGCCUUAAAAAAGGAGCAGAGCAUCUAUGCCCAUCUGCUGAAGUCUCUGCAGCAUUCAGACAGUGUCAAUGACCUGAAGGCUGAGUUAAAGGAUGUCCUUGCCCUGCGGCAUCAGCUGGAGCAGGAUGUGCUGGCGUACCAGAAUCUACAGAAGGCCCUGCAGGAGCAGCUCAGCGAAAUUCGAAGGCGCGAAGCAGAAGAACCAUUUUCAUUUUAUAGUGAUCAAACAUCUUACCUAAGUAUUUGCCUUGAAGAGCACAGUCAGCUUCAAGUAGAGCAUUUUUCUCAAGAAGAACUCAAGAAAAAGGUCAGCGAACUCAUACAACUCGUGAAGGAACUGUACACAGACAACCAGCACCUGAAGAAAAGCAUUUUUGAUCUCUCCUGCAUGAGUUUCCAGGGAAAUGGCAGACUUGAAUCAACAAAACAAACAGAGCUUCUGGCUAGCAAGGAGGAUGAGGACACAAUCAAAAUUGAAGAGAAUGAUGAGAAUUAUUUCCAGAGUGACCGGCAUUUGGAGCAGAGUAAUGAGAUUAUGGAGGACUAUGCCAAGGGGGGCUGCAAAAAUGGAUAUUUAAGGCACAUGGAUUCCAAGACUUUAGACAGUGCUGGGGCCUCCAUGCCUGGCUGUCCUGGAGAGCAGAGCUUAGAAGGACAGCUCGUGGGCCUGCUUUCCGCUUUCUUCCUCAAGAAGGCCACGCCAUCGCUGGAAUCCAGAAUCAGACCAGACCUUCUACAAGCACUAGGUGAGCUCCUUUUGGAUCGAAUCCACUUGGCAGAGCAGGGGCUUGCUGGAGAUCACCUCAAUAGUGAAGCCGAGAAGAUCCUUAAGCAGGUGGCAGUUCAGCUGAGAGGCGAACUUGGCCAUUCCUUCCCAGCCGACUCAUUCUCCAAGUCACAUGAUGAACUCAAGUCAACUUGGGGGACCUGGAUGACAAAGUCAGGUGGUGAUACCCAGGUGGAGCUGAAGAAUGCCUCAGUGCAGACCGUCACCACAGAAGAUGACCCCCAAGGAUUCAGAUCUGAAGGGAAGAGAGAGUCUUGGGAAGAGAAGCCGGAGGACUUGUGUCACAUGUCAGGGCUGCAGGCCAGUUUCCUCUCAGUCAACAGUGCCAUCAACAAGGAUGCUAAGAAGUUCCAUUUGCCGAUCCUACUAAGAACAUCCCAGUCAUUGGGAAAUAUAUAUGAUCUUCCUGCCUCCCAGGAGGAGGUAGCUCAGCUCCAGGCCCAGAUUCUAGAGCUGCAGGGGGAGCUGAAGGAGUUUAAAACACACAACAAAGAACUUCACUGCAGGUUAAUUCCGGCAGAGGCAAUGAUGAAGGGGAUGCCAGUUCCUGACCCUGCUCUGCCAAAUGCUCAGCCCUCUGCAGGAGCAGCCUACCAAGACAGCCCAGGCGAGCAGGAAGGACCUGACACCACACGCUCUGCCAGGAGAGACAAGAAAGCUGACAGUGACCAAUACAUGCGCUUUGAGCUUGGUCAGAAUUCAAUCCCAAGUGCAUUGAACAGUUCCUGGGUACCAGAUUCUGAAAUUUGCCCAACUGUUGACCUUGCCAUAUUACCAGCAUGUAACGAGAACUCUGAAAGUUUUCAGGACCCAGCCUCUGUAGCCACUUACUUGAAUUCCAAGAGCCAGUUUUCUGUUAAAGUCAGUGCAAUUGGGACUGACCAGUCUGAGAACAUCAAGAUCUCAGAUGAUCCAGAACACUUAAAACAGAAAAUCCGUGACUUGCAAGCUGAGCUGGAAGGCUGCCGGAACUUCAUCUUUCAGCUUCAGAAGUAUGCUCAGUGCAGUGAGGCCAUUAUCACAGUUCUGUGUGGGACAGAAGGGGCCCAGGAUGGCUUGAACAAGCCCAAGGGUGGAAUUGAUGAAGAAGAAAUGACUUUUUCACGUUUGCACCAAGUGCAUUAUGUGAAACACAUGAAAAUCCUGCGUCCUCUCACGCCGGAGAUGAUUGAUGGCAGAAUGCUGGAGAACCUCCAACAGCAGCAGGCAGAGCAGAAGUGUGAACUGCAGAAGGAGCAGAAUUUGAACUUGGAGAUUUUCAGCGAAAUUCAUAACCUGCAGAACAAGUCCAGCCAUCUCUCUCCCUCAAGAUACGAUUCAUUGGUUCAGUCCCAAGCCAGGGAGCUCUCCUUUCAGCGGCAGCAGAUUAAGGAUAGCCAUGACAUCUGUGUCGUUUACCGUCAGCACAUGAGCACCAUGAUCCACGCGUUUGAGGAGCUGCUGCAGGCUAGCGAUGUGGAUGGCUGUGUAGCUGAGGGCUUCCGGGAGCAGCUGAGCCGUUGUGCUGGGCUGCUGGAGCAGCUGGAGAAGCUCUUUCUACAUGGAAAGUCAGCUGGAGUGGAACCAAGUCCCCAGAGUGAGCUGAUAGAGAGGUUCAGAACUGAGAAAGACAACUUAACAUACCAACAUCUCCAGCCUGAAUCUCCUGAGCCUUCUGCCUCUCAUGCCCUGUCGGAUGAUGAAAUGUCAGAGAAGUCCUUCCUGUCUCGAGAGCAGAAGCCAGACAGUGAAACCGAGAAGACCUCAGUGGUGGCAAGCCAUUUUCCUCAAGACUUACUAAUGGAACAUAUACAGGAAAUUCGAACUUUGAGAAAACGCUUGGAAGAAUCUAUUAAAACAAAUGAGAAACUCCGGAAACAGCUGCUGGAGCGGCAGGGGUCUGAGGCUGAUCAAGGUUCCACAAACAUAUCUGUUUACGGUUCAGAGCUGCACAGCUCCCUGAUGUCAGAGAUACAUUUCCUGAGGAAGCAGAACCAGGCCCUAAGUAUGAUGAUUGAGAAAGGGUCCAGAGAUACACAGAAGGAGAAUGAAAAAUUACGAGAGUCCCUGUCCAUGAAGGCUGCGAGUCUUGAGCACCUUCAGCAGGAGUACGCCAAUGUGAAGGGGGAGAACGAACAGCUGCAGAGAGAGGUCAAUGAGAAGGAGAGGCACAACCAGCAGCUGGUGCAAGAGGUCUGCAGCAGCCGCCAGGAGCUGAGUAGGGUGCAGGAGGAGGUGAAGUCGAGGCAGCAGCUGCUCUCACAGAAUGACAAGCUGCUCCAGUCCCUCCGAGUGGAACUUCGGGUGUACGAGAAGCUGGAUGAGGAACACCGAAAGCUACAGCAAGAGGACCGAGGCAAGGCAUCUGGAGAAGGCUGGAAGGGGCAGCCUUCCAGCGACCUGCAUAGCCUCCUGAUAGAGAUACAGGCUCUGCGGGACCAGCUGGAAAGGAGCAUCCAGACCAAUAGCACCCUGAGGAGCAAGUUGGAGGAGCAGCUGUCACAGGGCUUGAAGAACCCCCAAGAAGGGGCCCUCAUUGUGCCUGUUCAGGUCCAGUCUGUACCUGAGUGGUCCCCUCCACUGGACAAACACGAUGGCAACAAAUGUCCCGUGGUCAGUGAUAAUUCAUUCGAUCUAUUUGAAUCCACCCAGGCAGUGGCACCACAGUCAGUUUCUGAGACUCCUCAGCUCUCCAGACAUGAUGUCGACUCCCUCUCCUGUGAUAGCAACAGUUUGACCACCAGUCCCCAGUGUAUGUCCUGUCUGGUUGCUGGCCAACACUUGUGGGCCAGCAAGAGUGGCCACCAUGUCUUGGGCCUGAUUGAGGACUAUGAUGUUCUCUGUAAGCAGAUCAGCCAGGGCCAGAGGCUCCUUGCUGAGAUGGACAUUCAAACUCGAGAUGCUCUGAGCCCCAGAAGUGAAGGUCUGGGGACAAAGGGUCCACACUCUGCGCCUCUGAGCAAGUUUCUCUCCAGCAUGAAUGCAGCCAAGCUGCUCCUGGAAGAGGCCUCAAGAUUGCUGAAGCUCUUCUGGAGAGUCUCAGUCCCCACAGAUGACCAGGGUCCCCUUCACUUUGAGCAGAUUGGAGAAAUGAAGGCAGAGAUCACCAAACUACACAAAAAAUUGUUUGAACAAGAAAAAAACCUGCAGAACACAGCAAAGCUUUUGCAGCAGAGCAAGCACCAGGAGAAAGUCAUCUUUGAUCAGUUGGUCAUCACCCACCAAGUCCUUCGGAAAGCCAGAGGAAACUUGGAGCUCAGGCCCGGGGCUGCCCAUCCAGGAACAUCCAGUCCCAGCAGACCAGGCUCAUGAGGAGAACUUUCAGCUAAUAAAGUUUGUGGCCCUGA